UUAUGUGAAGCACAUUGUUGUGCAUGUAUGUGAAGCACAUUGAAUGACCACGGUGUAUGAAUUGUGCUAUAUAAAUAAAAUUGCCUUGCCUUGCCUUCGAGGGAUCUGUUUUUCUCUUGCCAGGUGCGCGCUAAUCAGUUCAUCACAUUUCUGAAUCACAUUCCAUUAUGGUGGAUGACGCUUAUAGACCAUGACGUAUACCCUAGGCUUAUACAAUUCUGACCAACAAGAAAGUAUUUUACAACCAGAACCUAACAUUCUAAAGAUGCCUUGGAUUCUACUCACCAGUGGAGACACCCCAGAAACGUAUCUUUCAUUUUCAAUAGUUGACAACAUAACCGUUUGAUCUUCAUCUCCGUCUUAUUCAGAGGUGAGCAAUUACCGUUGAUUCGUGAAUAACCACCAAGUUGCAGUUACUUUCAUGGGGUAUGAAAUGUCAUCAGAAAACGGGGCUAACGUUACUGAACAGAGAAAACCUAUCAAUAGGCCUAAAAAGAUUGCCUUAAUCGACCAUUCUUUGAUUUAAAAACAAACAAACAAAAACUUAAUUUAUAUUAGACUUUAUCCUACUCACACAGGUGCCUGAUAGAAGUGUUGCAUUAUUUUUUUUUUAGAAGUCUGCGAGAGAUGAAUAUCGGAAAAGAGGUAACGACCACAUGUGUAAUGGAGAGAACAGGAGGAGAGAGAGAAGGUGUGGAAGAUCUCUAUCAGGAUUUUGAAAAGAUAAAAAAAAUCCUGGUGGAAGAUGGUGCCGAAGAGGACACCCCUUUAAACUUCAUCAAUAAGGCCGUCCAAUCUGACAUUGAAGCAGCCCUAUCUGAGAUCAGAAGGUGCUUGACCCAAGAACACAUAACUGAGAUACAGAGAUUGGUGGAAAAAAUUAUGGAGGAUGAGACCUCCCGAAAGUCAGAGCAGGAGAAAAGGGCAUCUGACCUGAGGGAAAUAGAAGGGUUCCUUGAAGUUCUUGAGCAACGAUGUAUAAACCUGAAUAGCCUCCUGCAAGACCAGAAAGAAUUGCAUAGAAUGGAUAUGAGGGCUCUUGAGAGAGUGAGAGUGCAAGAGAGAGCAGAGUGGGAGCGACAGAUGACGGAAAAAGAGGAAGACUUCUUGUCGUCUCUGUUGUAUUCGGCUAUCAGCAGAGAAAUGGUGAUGAAAGACCCGAGGAACCAGGCAAAGAGACAGGGCACCAUCAGUCUCAGUUUGAGUGGGGCGGUGGGAAAUCCACCUGUACGCAGUAUGCAUCAGAGGCCUUGCAGACGGCUCUCCUCUAGCAUUUCCCACCAGAAUGUCAGGGACCAAGCGUCACCUAGGGUUAACCCUAGUACCUCUAUAAGUGGAAAGAAAAAUGUGGUCUCAACAUGCAUUAGCCGGCUGUGGAAUAAUGCUCAUAAAAUGUAUGAGGGGAGUGCAACAAGCAUCCAAGAGGCAAGAGAUCUGAAGAUUGCAAAGCUGGAGGAAAGGGUUAGAAAAGCAGAGAUGAAGAGACUGCAGAGGGUCAAAGAGAGGGCAGAAAAGGCUAAUAAUGACAUCAACAUGAGUGGGGAUACAAGACAGGAUGUUGUGAAGAACACAGAAAAUGACAUGGAGGCGAUUACAGAAGGAUUUGGGAUAGCCCAACCUGCUUCUUCUGUGUCUCUGAUGUCCAUCUUCAGGUGCAAAAAAGAUUUCAGGUCAAAGAUGCUUCUAAUCAAGGAUUAUCUCACAGUGCAUGUUUUAAAAUGAACCGCAUGAUUACAAAAUGAAUAAACAAUUAAUUUAGCAUCCUAUAGAA